CGUCACUGAGGUCAGGUAGACGGAGCGAAGAUGGCGACCGCCUACGAGAGAUACAAUUUGCACACAACCCCAGAGAAGUUCUUCAUUGAGGCGUGUGAUGAAGGCGCUGAUGCCGUGCUCGCCAUUGACAGGGUCUCAAAUGAGAUGACCCUGACAGGUAAAAAAGAUGUUCCUCCUUCAGCCGUCACCAAGCCGAUAUGUGGCAUCAUGGGAACUAUUCGUCUGGUAGCAGGUAUGUACCUGAUAGUCAUCACCAGGAAGAGGAACGUGGGCAGUCUGCUGGGUCAUGCUGUGUGGAAGGCCGUAGACUUCGACAUCAUCUCCUAUAAGAAGACGGUGCUGCACCUCUCUGAGCUACAGUCUCAGGAGAAUAAGACAUUCCUGGCGAUGAUCAACAACGUGCUGACCACGGACGGUUUCUACUUCUGCACCGACUUUGACCUCACGCACACGCUGCAGAGACUCGCCAACACCAGCCCUGACUUCCAAGAGAUGAGCCUGCUCGAGAGGGCAGAUCAGAGGUUUGUUUGGAAUGGAAAUCUUCUUCGAGAGCUCGCUGCACAACCAGAGCUUCAUAAGUUUGCUCUCCCUGUCAUCCACGGCUUCAUCGUCAUGAAGCCGUGUCGUAUCAACGGAAAAAUCUUUGAAUGGAUCCUGAUCUCCAGGAGGAGUUGCUUUAGGGCCGGAGUCAGAUACUAUGUCAGAGGCAUUGAUUCUGAGGGCCACGCUGCAAACUUUGUGGAGACAGAGCAGAUCGUUUUGUAUGAGGGGGCCAAGGCUUCGUUUGUGCAGACGCGAGGCUCAAUGCCGUUCUACUGGAGUCAGAGACCAAACCUGAAAUACAAACCUAAACCUAUUAUCAGCAAAAACACCAACCACUUGGAUGGUUUCCAGAGACAUUUUGACUCUCAGCUGCUCAUAUACGGAAAACAAACUAUUCUGAACCUGGUGAAUCAAAAAGGCUCAGAGAAACCUCUAGAACAAGCUUUUGCUAAGAUGGUGUCCAGUAUGAACAACGGUAUGCUCAACUACAUCGCCUUUGACUUCCACAAAGAGUGCAGUAAGAUGAGGUGGGACCGUCUGCAGAUCUUAGUGGAUUCAGUUGCUGAGACACAGGACGAGUACAGUUACUUCAUGGUGAACUCAGACGGGAAGACGGUGGCUCAGCAGAGAGGUGUGUUUCGCAGUAACUGUAUGGACUGUUUGGACCGUACCAAUGUCAUCCAGAGCCUACUCGCCAGACGCUCGCUGCAGUCCCAACUUCAGAGGAUGGGGGUCCUGAACGUUGGUCAGCGGAUCGAGGAGCAGGCCGAGUUUGAAAAGAUCUACAAGAAUGCAUGGGCUGAUAACGCCAACGCAUGUGCUGUGCAGUACGCUGGAACGGGCGCUCUGAAAACAGACUUCACCAGGACAGGGAAGAGGACGCAGUGGGGGCUGUUGAUGGACGGCUGGAACUCGAUGAUCAGAUAUUACAAGAACAACUUCUCUGAUGGAUUCAGGCAGGACUCCAUCGACUUGUUUCUGGGUAACUUUGCCGUAGACGAGUCUGACGGUCCCACUCCUCUUCGAGUGCAGAAAGACUGGAAGUUCCUGACGCUGCCCAUUAUUAUGCUGGUCGCCUUCUCCAUGUGCAUCGUCUGUCUUCUCAUGGCUGGUGACACGCUGACAGAGACGCUGGCAUAUGUGAUGUUCUGGGGAGCAGCGAGUGCAAUCACGGCGACCAUCAUCCUUUUCAAUGGGCAGGACUUUGUGGACGCACCCAAACUGGUUCACAAGGAGAAGAUGGACUGAUGAAGAGUGUUUCUCAGUGUGUGCGAGGAUCAUAUACCUCUCCAUCGUUGUCUUCUUCCUCACGUCUGGACUCGUUGGACCGAUUCAACCAUCCAGGAUUUGUCAUUUUCUACGGAAUCGUCUGCUGUUCUGCUCUCGCUCCUUAACAUUUUAAAUCCUUCAUUUGUCUCUUCAGUGUUUUUUGGGAUCUUAACAUCUCUUAGGUCAACACUACUGCUCUUUUUCUAUUGUUUACCAUUAUUAUUGACAAUUUCAAUCCGUAUCAAUGUUAGAAAACGCACUUUUCUAUUCUUCUUUAUCACAAACAUUCAAAUUCAAGGUUCUGCGGGAUGAUUGGACCAAACCGUAUGUCUGUUGGAUGUCAGAGUUUUCAGUACUUUGGAUAUAGUGUAUUUCAAAUGGUAAAAUCUCUCUUGUUUAAAUGAUCAAUAGUAUCAAUGAUAACAAAAUUAAAAAAUAAAUCAGGUUAAGUUAUAAAAAAACAACAACUUCAUCAUACUUUGGACCAAAACAGAAAGAGCACUGUCUAAAUUGUACUGAUGUAGUCACAGAAAGGUUGCCAAUGUAUUUGUGCAUUAUGAUCGAAGUGUUGCCAACAUGUUUGUGUGAUUUAUACAGAUGCAUAAUGCCUUGUUUUUUCUUAAAUGUCCAAAAAUGUCAUUUGAUCAUAAAAUCUUGAAAUUUUGGGAAAUGUUUUUUUACCGUAACAUUGCUAAAAUAUUUCAGCAGUUUGUUAAAUCUGUGUAAUUUUGUCUACAUUGCAUGAACACGUUGGUGUUAAUUUGUGCGUGGCUUUUUUUCGAUCCAAAAAAAGUUGUCAUAGUAUUCAGGCAGUUCAAAUUACAUUCAUUCGUACAUUUGCAUUUAAGAAGAAAGUUGCAGGCCUAUUUGUACAGUACAGGAAGCAGCAUAUCAUCUAAAUUGCAGAGUGAUUCGUUUUGUUUCUUCUAAAUUGCAAAAAAUGCAUCUUCAACACUUCUGUGGUGAAAUGUUGCUGAUGUAUUUGUGCAACUUAGACCAAAGUUCUCGGUGAAGUUGGCAAAUACACUAAAAUGAAUCAAUAGUGCACAAAUGAAACAUUUGAUCAAAAUUGCAGAAAAAUUCAUAAAAGCAACACAUUUGUUCAACGUACACUAAAUAUUGCCAACUUAUUUAACCAUUAAGACAGCUGGCAACACUUUGAUUAAAUGGUGCAAUGUGUAGUUUUUUCUAUCUUGCACAUAUAUAUUUACUCAAAAUUGCAAAAUCAUGUGUUGCCAGUAUUUGUGCAACUCAAACAGAAUUUUGCAAAGAUGUUGUCUGCAUUCCAGAAGAAAUGUUGCCAACAUGCUGUAUGUGUGCAAUUUAGAUUAGUUUUUCUGAUAUGUUCUGUUUACAUAGUUGGAAAUGCUUCAUCCUAACUGCACAUUUCAUUGUUAUCUAAAUAGUCCAUAUGUUUCAGUUAUAAUUUGUGCUAUUUCGAUUAAAGGUUGCUAACAUACAGUAUUGGUGCAAUUUUGAUAAAAUGUUGCUGAAGUAUAUUUGCAAUUUAGACAGUGUGCAGGAAUGAACCAGCUGUUUAAAGGGGGCAUUUUAUGCAAAAAUCACUUUUUCAGGCUUUGUAACACAAAUAUGUGUCCCUGGCCUGUCCACAAUCCCCCCAAAUACCAGAAAAAUCCAUUCCCUCUCCCCCUCUCUUUCUCCACCUUUCAGAAAAUGUGUGAUGAAACAAGCCGUUCUCAGAUUUUACAUCUAGUGACCUCACCAGGGGCCUAAGCACCCACCCCCAUGUUUGGUUGCCACACUUGAAAGAAAGUUCCGCCCUCCUCUACUGAUCCUCUCAGCUACCAGCUGUGAUGUCAUGUGGGGAGUUAGCCUGCCCCCAGGUUUGGUUGGCCUUCCCCAUUUGGAAGAAAAUUCUACUUUCCUCUCUUGAUCCUCCUCUCAGCUGCCAGCUGAGAUGCUGGAUAGCUCAGUGGGUUGCCCUGCUGACUUUUGUUUGGGAGAUUGAUGGUUCAAAUUCCAGU